ACCGCCCUCUAGUGACGCUUCUUUUCCCUGUUUUUACUGCUCGUCUCCCUCUCUCGGCGACUGCUAGGUUUUUUCAUCCGCAAAGAGUUCUGAAUUUAGGGUUUUUGUAGGGUUUCGCACGAACUGCUAGAUAUCUGAGAAUAUGAGGCCAAUUCUGAUGAAAGGCCAUGAGAGGCCAUUAACUUUUCUUAAAUACAACAGAGAAGGUGAUCUUCUCUUCUCCUGUGCGAAAGACCACACGCCGACAGUUUGGUUUGCCGAUAAUGGCGAGCGGUUGGGGACAUACAGAGGCCACAACGGUGCUGUUUGGUGUUGUGACGUAUCAAGGGAUUCUACGCGACUUAUAACUGGAAGCGCGGAUCAGACGGCGAAGCUAUGGAAUGUUCAGACUGGGACUCAACUUUACACAUUCAAUUUUGAUUCUCCAACUAGAUCUGUGGAUUUUUCUAUUGGUGAUAAGCUUGCGGUUAUCACUACCGAUCCGUUCAUGGAACUUACUUCGGCCAUUCAUGUGAAGCGUAUCGCGCGAGACCCUAGUGACCAAUCUGGUGAAUCUGUGCUUACAAUCAGGGGGCCUCAAGGCAGAAUAAAUAGAGCUAUCUGGGGGCCCUUGAACCGGACUAUCAUAAGCGCUGGUGAAGAUGCAGUAAUCCGUGUUUGGGAUACUGAGACAGGAAAGUUGAUUAAUGAAUCAGACAAAGAAAGUGGCCAUCAGAAGACAGUUACAUCCUUGGCAAAAUCUGCAGACUGGUCAAACUUCCUCACUGGUUCUUUGGAUAAAUCUGCCAAGCUCUGGGACGCCAGAACAUUGACGCUGAUCAAGGCAUAUGUGACAGAGCGGCCAGUAAAUGCUGUUGCAAUGUCUCCACUUCUUGAUCAUGUGGUACUUGGAGGUGGUCAGGAAGCAUCACAUGUCACAACUACUGAUCGUCGUGCUGGGAAAUUUGAGGCCAAAUUCUUUCACAAGAUCCUUCAAGAAGAAAUUGGGGGCGUGAAAGGGCAUUUUGGACCAAUAAAUGCUUUGGCAUUCAAUCCUGAUGGAAGAAGUUUCUCAAGUGGAGGUGAAGAUGGUUAUGUCAGAUUACAUCACUUUGAUCCAGAUUACUUCAAUAUCAAGAUGUAACUCCCAAACAUGCUGACAAGGAGAAAUUUUUGUCUGUUUUAUUAUUUUGUUAAACGCUUUAAUUCAUUAGAUAUAAUUUUGUGCCAUUUUAGUUAGAACAUGUCAAGUCUUGUUUGAUGAGAACCUUCUGAAUGGUAGAAACUGGGAACCACAAGAAUUUUGUGCUGACGUAAAACUUGAAAUCUUAAUUGCUAUUGCCAGGCUUGUGCGAAGGUUAAACCAUUACUGUAUUUUUUCUUGGUGAUACAGAUCGAAAGUCCAUUUUUUGUAUGGAAGGUUCUUUGUGUGCCA